ACUGACUAACUGUAAGAGAACUCGAAGAGUCUCUGACAAGACAAAGACCAUAAUACACUUGGCCAUUGAUAUAAAGUAUCAUUCACUUUACAUUGUUUCCAAACAAUUAGGGUUUUCAUCUUUCAAUUUCAUCUCUAUUGCUUCUUCAUGAAGAAAUCUUUCUACCCUAACUCCUCCCCAAUGUCUCACGGCACUCGUCCCCGCUUUGAUUUUCACCCACAAUGGAGGCCGCACUCACACCCACAUGCACAUGCCGCCCGCGUCCACCGUCCGCCGGAGCCUAAUUUAAAGGUGAAGCCUUAUUUCAAGGUGGUGCUCCGACUCGGCCUCCACCCUUCCAGCCGCGAGGACAUCGAGGCCCUGAUCAAAGACUGUGAGCACAAGGAACAGUCUUUUACCUUUUACCCCGAGGACGAGGUCGCUGCCGUGCUCAGUUACAAGAAUUGGGAGGAGGCGUGCGUUGCGGCCGCCUGGUUCUGGGAGACGCUGCUGUCGGAGAAGCACGAUUAUACGCCGGAGCUGGACUCCAACGCUUCGGUGACGGACAGUCUGGAUGGUCGCCUUCGAGUGCUGUUCAGGAGGCACGUGAUGAAGGUGAUGGAGGGGAAGGAGGUUAAGCGGUGGGUGGAGGAGAGUAAAAGGUUGUCGAAAGAAAUUGAGAGGGUUUCUCGUUUGCUCAGGAAUAAGCACUUGCAUAUGAGCUGGUAUAACCGCUAUAUUGACCAGAGGAAAGGGCUCGUUGUUGAGAAAGACCAGGUUGAAAGGAGGUUGAUGGAGUUCGACUCUGCGAUGGAUUGUAUACUGAAGUAUCUGGCGGAGGGCGCCGACAUGGAGGGUGCCAACGUGGAGGGUAGUCGGAGUGUGAAUGUGUUGGAGUUUGAUGGAUGUUGUGAUUGGAAGCGCAUUCACUGCCUGAUCAGAAGGGAGUGUCGGAGACUGGAGGAUGGAUUGCCCAUUUAUGCUUACAGGAAGGAUAUUCUUCGGCAGAUACAUGAGCAGAAGAUGGUGGUAUUAAUUGGAGAGACUGGAUCUGGUAAGAGUACACAGUUAGUUCAGUUUCUAGCUGAUUCUGGCAUUGGUGCUGAUGAAUCCAUUGUAUGCACCCAAUCUCGCAAGAUUGCUGCCAAAUCAGUGGCUCAAAGGGUUCAGGAAGAAAGCAGCGGUUGUUAUGAAGGGCAAUCAAUCACAUGUUCUACGUUUUCAUCCUUGAAUGAGCUUGAUUCCAGGAUAAUAUUCACGACAGAUCACUGUUUAUUGCAGCACUACAUGAGGAAUGAUAAUUUGUCUGGGAUCUCGUGCGUCAUAGUUGAUGAGGCUCACGAGAGGAGCUUAAAUACAGAUUUACUGAUGACUUUGUUGAAGAAUUUACUUUAUAGGAGGGGUGAGAUGCGGCUUAUCAUUAUGUCUGCUACAGCUGAUGCAAAUCAGCUAUCUGAUUACUUUGAUGGUUGUAGUAUUUUUCGUGUGCAAGGGAGAAGUUUUCCAGUGGAUAUCAAAUAUGCUCCUCCUGACCAUGCUGAGUAUUCUGGUUCUUCUGUUGUUGCAUUGGAUGUUUUGGAUGUUGUCAGAAAGGCAACAGAGGUUCACAGAACAGAGAAAGAGGGAACUAUCCUUGCUUUUUUGACCUCUCAGAUAGAAGUAGAAUAUGCCUGUGAGAAGUUUAAAAUAAUACCCUCUGCAGUUGCCCUGCCCUUACAUGGAAAACUUUCAUCUGAUGAGCAAUCUCGUGUUUUUCAGAACUACCCUGGAAAGCGAAAAGUGAUAUUUUCAACAAAUCUUGCAGAGACAUCACUGACAAUUCCUGGUGUUAAAUAUGUGAUUGAUUCUGGUUUAGUUAAAGACUGCAGAUAUGAUCCUGGCAGCGGGAUGAAUGUACUUAAGGUGUGCUGGAUUAGUAAGAGCUCUGCUGAUCAACGGGCUGGUCGUGCUGGGAGGACCGAACCUGGUGUGUGCUAUAGGCUGUAUUCAGAAACUGAUUAUCAAUCAAUGGACCUAAAUCAAGAGCCAGAGAUUCGGCGAGUUCAUCUUGGUGUAGCAGUUUUGAGGAUCCUGGCUCUGAGAGUGAAGAAUAUUCAGGAUUUUGAUUUUGUGGAUGCUCCAAGUUCUAGCUCUAUUGAUAUAGCAGUCAGGAAUCUAAUUCAGUUAGGAGCAAUUGAGAUGAAAAACGAUGGUCUUGAUCUAACGCCAGAGGGUUGGUUCCUUGCCAAAUUGGGAAUUGAACCCAGGCUUGGUAAACUUAUUCUUGGCUGUUACAAACAUCGUUUGGGUAGGGAAGGUCUUGUUCUGGCUGCUGUGAUGGCCAAUGCUCGUACGAUAUUUUGUAGAUUUGGCAGUGAAUUUGAAAAACGAAGAUCCGAUUGUCUUAAAGUGCAAUUUUGCCAUUGUGAUGGAGACCUCUUUACUCUUCUCUCCGUGUACAAGGAAUGGGAUGCUUUGCCUUGGGGAGAAAGGAAAGGAUGGUGUUUCAGAAACAGCAUCAAUGCUAAGUCCAUGAGGAGGUGCCAAGACACAAUUUUGGAGUAUGAAAGUUGCCUUGAGCGUGAACAUAAAAUUGUUAUUCCGAGUUAUUGGCAUUGGGACCCUUAUACACCCUCUAGUUAUGACAAGAACUUGAAGAGGGUUAUACUGUCCUCACUUGCUGAGAAUGUAGCCAUGUACUCUGGCUGCAAUCAACUUGGUUAUGAAGUGGCGCAAACUGGGCAACAUGUUCAACUGCAUCCAUCAUGUUCAUUGCUUGUUUUUGCUCAGAAACCAAAUUGGGUGGUUUUUGGUGAGAUUCUUUCCAUCUCUAAUCAAUAUUUGGUCUGCGUGAGCACAUUUGACUUUCAAUCAUUAUAUGACCUUUGCCCAGCUCCCUUGUUUGAUGUAUCUAAAAUGGUGGAGGGGAAGUUGCAAAUGAAGACAUUGUGUGGUCUUGGCCGUAUUGUUCUCAAGAAAUUUUGUGGAAAAGCCAACUGUAAUUUGUUCGCUCUUGUUUCGCGUAUAAGGAAAGCUUGUUCAGAGGAACGUAUCUACAUUGAAGUGAAUGUUGACCAGAAUGCAGUCCACUUAUUUGCCACUUCAAAUAAUAUGGAUACAGCCCUUGCGUUGGUUAAUGGCGCUCUAGAAUUUGAGAGAAAGUUCUUACGUGCUGAAUGUAUUGAUAAGUUUUUGUAUCAUGGGUCUGGUCCUUCACCUAUCGCUUUGUUUGGGUCUGGUGCUGAGAUAAAACAUUUGGAACUUGAGAAACGUUCCUUGAGUGUUGAGGUAUGUCAUGCAAACAUAAAUGCAAUUGAUGACAAGGAGCUCUUAAUGUUUUUAGAGAAGAAUACCUCUGGUAGUAUCUGUGCUGUUCACAAAUCUGCAGGCAAUAUGAAGGAUGAAGAUAAGGAAAGGUGGGGCAGGAUAACUUUUACAUCCCCUGAAUUUGUCAAAAGAGCCACUGAAUUAGAUGGACAUGAGUUUUGUGGCUCCUCCUUGAAAAUUUUCCCUUCGCAGUUGGGAGGGGAUAAAACAUUUUCGUACACUGAUGUUAAAGCAAAAAUUUGUUGGCCUCGUAGGAUUAGCAGGGGAUUUGCCGUAGUUAAAUGUGAUAUAAAGGAUGUCAAUGAUAUAUUGAGAGAUUUCUACAACCUUGCAAUAGGGGGAAGGUAUGUUAGAUGUGAAGUUGGCAAAAAGAGUAUGGACAGUGUUGUUAUAAAUGGGCUUGGCAAAGACCUCUCGGAAGCUGAAAUACUGGAUGUGCUAAGAACUGCUACAAACAGAAGGAUUUUGGAUUUUUUCUUGGUGAGAGGGGAUGCGGUUGAAAACCCACCAUGCAGUGUUUUGGAAGAGGCACUCUUGAAGGCAAUUUACCCCUCUUUGCCCAAAAGGAACCCGCACUUUAGUUCUUGCCGAGUUCAGGUGUUUGUACCUGGGCCUAGGGAUGCCUUUAUGACAGCUUUAAUCAGUUUCGAUGGAAGAUUGCAUUUAGAGGCAGCAAAAGCUUUGGAGCAUAUUGAAGGAAAGGUGUUACCUGGAUGUCUAUCAUGGCAAAAGAUAAAGUGCCAGCGGUCGUUUCAAAGCUCCUUGAUAUUUCCAGCACCAGUGUUUCGUGUGAUUAGGGAACAACUGGGUGGAGUACUUGCAAGCUUCAAGAAUUUAAGAGGUCUUGAGAUCGAGGAGGACAGGACAUUUAAUGGUUCCCACCGAGUCAAGAUAACUGCGAACGCCACAAGGACAGUGGCAGAUGUCAGAAGACCUCUGGAAGAACUAUUGAGAGGGAAAACCAUUGAGCAUGACAGUCUCACUCCUGCAGUUCUCCAGCUCAUGAUGUCCAAGGAUGGCUUUAAUCUUAAAAACUCAUUGGAGCAGGAGACAGGAACUUAUAUUCUUUUUGACAGGCACAACUUGAAUUUACGUGUGUUUGGUUCCCCAAACAAGGUUGCUUUGGCUCAUGACAAGGUGAUUCAAUCCCUCCUUUCUCUACAUGAAGAAAAGCAGUUAGAAGUCCAUCUGAGAGGGAGGGAUUUACCUCCUGAUUUAAUGAAGCAAGUGAUUAAGAACUUUGGACCGGAUCUGCAUGGACUGAAAGAAAGGGUGCCUGGAGUAGAUCUUAAGCUCAACAUAAGACGCCAUGUAAUCAGUCUUAAUGGUAGGAAGGAGUUGAAAACCAGGGUAGAGGAAAUAAUUUUUGAGAUUGCUCGUUCAUGCCAUCAUUUGGUUGGGACGUUUGCUAAUGAUGGUCCUAAUUGCCCGAUUUGCUUGUGCGAGGUUGAGGAUCCAUUCCAGCUUGAAGGCUGUGGUCAUUUGUUCUGCCGGUUGUGUCUGGUGGAACAAUGUGAAUCUGCUAUUAAAAACCAAGGCACCUUCCCAAUAUGUUGUACUCACAAGGACUGUGGAGAUGUUAUCCUGCUUACAGAUCUGAGAUCUCUCUUAUUUAGUGAUAAAUUGGAGGAACUUUUCAGGGCUUCUUUGGGAGCUUUCGUGACUACGAGUGGGGGAACUUACAGGUUUUGCCCUUCUCCAGACUGCCCCUCAAUUUAUCGAGUUGCAGAUCCUGGGACUGCUGGCGAGCUAUUUGUUUGUGGGGCGUGUUAUUCAGAGACAUGUACCAGGUGCCACUUAGAGUAUCAUCCUUACCUUUCAUGCGAGAGAUAUAAAGAGUUCAAGGAAGAUCCGGAUUCAUCUCUGAUGGAGUGGCGCAGAGGCAAGGACGACGAAGUUAAGAGUUGCUUGGCGUGUGGGCAUGUAAUUGAGAAGGUGGAUGGGUGCAACCAUGUGGAGUGCAAGUGUGGAAAGCAUGUGUGUUGGGUUUGCUUAGAGUUCUUCGGUGGUAGUGAUGAAUGUUAUAGCCAUUUGAGAAAUGUGCACACGACUAUAAUAUAAUAGCUAAUAGCCAUUUUUCUGAGUUAUGUAAAUUUAGCGUAGCGGUAUAUAACACUGUAUAUGGAAGUAUCAAAAUGUACAGCUUUUUUAAACUAUUGUAUAUAUAUUAUAUAUAUCGCAGCAGUUCCGCUUCUUGUA